UUAAUACAAAAUCUAAAAAACAUUUUCAAAUGAAAUGUAUUUCUCAAUAUUAUUGGCACUCUUAACAUGGCAUCUAUUUGGUAGAUAUCCAGCAAUAGCAGCUGUUAAGGUCAACAAAGACGAAACUUGUCCCUAUCAGAAUACCGUAAAUUUAACCAAUAAACUAAAAUACGAAAAUGGAUCUUAUUUGUAUCAAGGCAUUUUAAUACCUUCCGAAAAACAACAUAACUAUGAUUAUGAUAUAAAAUUUCCCAAAACCAAGAAACCGGUUUCGACUCAUCUAAGAGGUUGUGUUUGUGAGCACCGACCCUGCAUGAAAUUGUGCUGCGAACCGGAUGAGUAUCUAGAUGAUAAACAGAAUACCAGUAAGUGUGAAAAAUUAACAUCGGAAAUGAAAGUGUCUUGGGAAUUGCCCAUACUACUAAAAGGUGAUAUAACUAAAGUGGUAAAUAUUUUCAAACAUUUUACCACUCAAGUUGGUUUGCCCUGUCCGGAGCCGGAGGCACUAGUUAUAGAGCUAGAUAAAUGGAAGUUGAAGGAGAAUGGCAUCCUUUAUAUUCCUUAUGGCAAUUCAAAUUUCGACACAUUGGAUUAUUGUUAUUCACCACUGCUAAACGAAACAUCUAUGGAAUAUAUAUUAACACCAUUCAUAUGUCCAGUUAAAAAUUCUUGUACUUUGAAGCAACGAAUAAAUUCAUAUGCAAUGGCUGUCUCAGUAAUAUUUCUAAUACCCACCAUACUGGUGUAUUUAGUGUUAAAGGAACUGAGGGGAAAUCUGCGUGGUAAACUUUUGAUUUGUCAUCUUUUGUCCUUGACCAUAGGUUAUAUCAUUAUUGCGCUUAUAAAUAUAUCCGGUUUGCAAUUCGAUGUUAAAGGCUGCAAUUUUUUGGGUUAUACUUGUUACUUUUUCUUAUUGGCUGCCUUUUUGUGGCUUAACGUUUUAUGUUACGACAUUUGGAAAAAUUUCGAAGAAACCAAUAUUCAGCUGAACUCCAGAAAGAGUCGCAAGCUAUUUAUUAUUUAUUCGCUGUAUGUGUGGUUGACAGCUGGCUUGGCAACGGUUGUAUGUGUGUUGGUGGAACUGUCACCGAGGAUAGAUAAUAUAUAUAAGCCUGGUAUUGGUAAUCAAGUAUGUUGGUUGGAUACUAAAAGAUGGUCUGCCGCAAUUUAUUUUUAUGGGCCCACUCUGGUCAUUUUAUUUUUUAAUUUCCUAACAUUUGUACAUUUAACGGCAAAAAUCUUUAAAAUACGAACCGAUGUGGCCAGAAUGACACACAGAGAGAAAUUCUUUCAAGAAAAUGCAAUUGUAAUUUUCCGUUUGUACCUAAUUAUGGGCAUUUCCUGGCUUUUCGAUGUUUUGUCAUACUGUAUGCGUAAUAAACAGGAAUGGGACUUUUUAUUUGUACUUUUGGAUUUUGUUAAUGCCAUUCAAGGGCUAUUAAUAUUUUCGCUGUUUGUCUUGAAACGGAAUGUUUUGAAUCUAUUGAAAAACAGAUUUGUUAAGUCUCAUGUUGCUAAACCGAGAAUAACUAUUUCUACAUCUACCACAAAUUUUUCCAAACAACAAAGUUAUAAGUCCGAGAAAGCAGUAGUAAAGUCGCCUUAGAUCUAAAAAUUAGUUGUUAAAUUGCAUCAAAUUUGUAUAACA